AAGUGAAAGGUCAGAGGUGAAAUAUCUCUCUAUCAAGAUUAAAAUGGCGGCCGACCAGCAGCAGUUUGAGGCUUUGCUGCAGAGCCUACUUAGUACAGAAAAUAAAACACGAUCGCAAGCAGAGGAAGCCUAUGAAGCAAUCACCAUACAGAGUAAACUGCCUCUGUUGUUGACAACAGUAAAGAAUGGAAAUACAGGUGUCGAGGUACGCACUAUGGCGGCAGUGCUGCUACGUCGUUUGUUUACAACGUCAUUUGAAGAUUGGUGGCCUGCAUUACCGGAGGACAUUCGAGGUGUAAUGAAAGAACAGCUCCUGUUGGCUAUUCAAGGCGAGUCCAUGCAGCCAGUCCGUAAGAAAAUCUGUGAUGCCGUGGCAGAGUUUUCUAGAUGUCUAAUAGAUGAAGAGGGUAACAACCAAUGGCCGGAAGUCCUCAAGUUUAUGUUUGACUGUGCCAGCUCUCCUGACCCUGGACUUAAAGAGGGUGCACUUCAUAUUUUCUGCGCUGUGCCUGGCAUAUUUGGUAACCAGCAAUCACACUACAUAGAUGUCAUCAAGCAGAUGUUACACCAGUGUAUACAUGAUCAGGGCAGUCGGGAGGUAAGGUAUGAAGCUAUCCGUGCAGCAACCUCAUUUUUGAUGUCCAAUGAGAAGGAAGAUCACUUGUUAUCUCAUUUCCGUGAUCUACUGCCUGGAAUUGUGGAGGGAGUGACCCAGAGCAUACAACAAGGCACAGACGACAGCAUUCUGAAGUGUUUGAUAGACCUGGCGGAGAACACACCAAAAUACCUGCGCAGUCAGCUGGAGACAUUGUUUGGAUUGUGUCUCAAGGUGAUAUCUGAUGCUAACAUGGAGGACAACUGGAGACAGCUGGCACUAGAGGUCAUUGUCACUCUGUCAGAGACGGCCCCCGCCAUGGUCCGGAAAUAUGAGAAGUUUAUUCCUUUGUUAGUGCCUCAGGUGCUGGCUAUGAUGGUGGACCUGGAGGAAGAAGAAGAUUGGGCCACGUCAGAUGAGGUGGAAGAGGAUGAUAAUGAUAGUAAUGCCAUAGCUGGGGAGAGUGCCCUGGACAGGCUGGCAUGUGGGCUGGGAGGAAAGACCAUGCUGCCACACAUCAUAGCCAAUGUACCACAGAUGUUGAGCAGUCCUGACUGGCGUUACCGUCAUGCAGCACUGAUGGCUAUUUCGGCCUGUGGGGAAGGUUGUCAUAAACAGAUGGAACAGAUGCUGUCGAAUAUCCUAGAGGCUGUUCUGCCAUACACACACGACCAGCACCCCCGGGUCAGGUACGCGGCCUGCAAUGCCCUGGGUCAGCUGUCCACUGAUUUUGGCCCCAUGUUCCAGAAGAAAUUCCAUGCUAAGGUAAUACCUGGUAUAUUGAUGGUGUUGGAUGACACGGCACACCCCCGUGUACAGGCACACGCUGGCGCCGCCCUGGUGAAUUUUAGUGAAGACUGCCCCAAGGGUAUUUUAGUGCCAUACCUGGAUACCAUCAUGGGAAAGUUAGAGCAGGUUCUGAAUGCCAAGUUUAAGGAACUGGUGGAGAAGGGUCAGAAGCUGGUGCUGGAACAGGUUGUCACAACGCUGGCCUCAGUGGCUGACACUGCAGAGGAAAAGUUCAUCAACUACUAUGACAGGUUUAUGCCAUGUUUGAAGUACAUCGUACAGAAUGCCACCAGUGAGGAACUGAGGAUGCUGAGAGGGAAGACCAUAGAAUGUAUCAGUCUCAUUGGUUUAGCUGUGGGGAAGGAAAAGUUCUACCCAGACUGUGGAGAUGUGAUGCAGCUGUUAUUGAAAACACAGACAGACUCAGGAGACUUAGCAGAUGAUGACCCUCAGAUCUCCUACAUGAUCUCAGCCUGGGCCAGGAUGUGUAAGAUCCUAGGGAAGGAGUUUGAACAGUACUUGCCUAUGGUGAUGGGGCCAGUGCUGAAAGCAGCCAGCAUCAAGCCUGAAGUGGCUCUAGUAGAUAGUCAAGACAUGCAGUCCAUGGAGGGGGACAAUGACUGGCAGUUUGUGACUCUAGGAGAUCAGCAAAGUUUUGGUAUCAAGACAGCAGGUCUGGAGGAGAAGGCAACAGCAUGCCAGAUGUUGGUGUGCUACGCCAGAGAGUUGAAAGAAGGAUUCUCUGAAUACACAGAACAAGUGGUGAAAAUUAUGGUGCCCCUGCUCAAAUUUUAUUUCCAUGAUGAUUGUCGGAUAGCUGCGGCGGAGAGUUUGCCGUUCCUGUUAGACUGCGCCAGGAUCCGAGGAGACCAGUACUUGGCGGAGAUGUGGCAGUAUAUCUGCCCGGAGCUGCUGAAAGCAGUGGAGAUGGAACCAGAGAAAGAUAUUCUGGCAGAAGUGAUGCAUUCACUAGCUCAGUGUAUAGAAAAGCUUGGAAAUGGUUGCCUCAAUGACCACCAGAUGUCAGAACUAGUCAGGAUCCUGGACAAAACCAUGAAGGACCACUUUGAAAGGCAGGCAGAGAGGCAAGAGCAAAGAAAAGAUGAAGAUUAUGAUGAUGUAGUGGAGGAAUCAUUAUUAGACGAGGAUGACACAGAUGUGUACGUCCUCACCAAGGUGUCCGACAUUCUUCACGCGUUGUUUGGGACUCACAAGGAGGCCUUUUUACCCGUUUAUGAGCAGCUUCUACCACAUUUUGCUAAGUUAUUGGGACCAGCACAGCCGUGGCCAGAUCGCCAGUGGGCGCUGUGUAUAUGGGAUGAUGUAUUGGAACACACAGGUCCUCACUCUAUCAAGUACCAGGAGUAUUUCCUCAGCCUCAUGCUGGAAUAUAUCAAUGACAAACAAGGUGAAGUUCGCCAGGCAGCAUCUUAUGGCAUCGGCGUGAUGGCACAACAUGGCGGUAGUGGAUAUGCUCAGGCCUGUAGUGAGGCUAUCCCCCGACUGUUAAAAGUUAUCCAGGACCCAGAGGCGCGGUCUGUAGAUAAUAUCAGUCCCACAGAAAAUGCAAUUUCUGCAGUUACAAAAAUAUGCAAAUAUAACCCUGGUAACAUUAACAUAGACGAAAUUAUACCCCAUUGGUUGUCAUGGUUACCAGUCUGGGAGGAUGAAGAAGAGGCUGUCCAUGUUUAUGGAUAUCUGUGUGAUUUAAUAGAAAUGAACCAUCCUUUAGUCCUUGGAGAAAACUCCCAGAAUCUCCCCCGGUUACUGACUGUCAUGGUGGAACCUUUUAGACGAGAAGCCAUUGAUAAAACAAGUGAGCUGGGCGUCAGAAUGUUGAAUAUCCUGAGACAAGUACAGACAAAUGGUGACAUAUUCCAGGCCUGUGUGGGGCAGAUGAGUCCAGAACAGCAAGCCACUCUCAGCCAACUUCUGGCUCAAAGCUAGGAAUGUCCAGUUAGGGUCUGACCCCCGGUCAGGGAUGGCUACCAGAACUUUGUGAAAUAGAUCAACAUUAUUUUUUACCUGGAAGCAUCAGACCACAGUUUGACUUUUAGGAGCCUUCCUCCAGAGUUUUCAGGUAUAAAACCCCAUGAGAACAAGAGGCUGCAUAAAAGAAAAAAGUGGAAAUUUUGGGAACAGGAAAAAUAGGCCACUUC